UGCUGAUGCUAAAUAAUCUCAAAGAAUCAUGAAAUUUGAAGUAAAACCUUAGACGAGGAGGAGCAUGGUAUGUACUGGAUCAACAACUAUCAAGUGAAUGUGCCCGUUAAAAGAUUGCUGAAGCAAAGAGAAAUCAGAGUAUUGCCAGCGCAACAGUCGGAAAUUGCCGGUGUAAACUUGUCUGGUCUUCGACGCCGAACCACCAUCAACCAAGAGAUUUCUUUUCCUGUGUCUUCAAUAGUUUCCACUCGCUACCCCCACCAUCCCGUGAAGAGGAGUUUAAGCCGUCGAAAUUUUAGAGCAGAGAGAUCUGUGUUUUGACUUGUCAAUCUCUUGUUCUUUUUCCGUCCCCGAUCCCAGCAAUGACCAUUAUACUCGGCUGGUACCCCGAAGGCAGUAGCGGCGCAAAACGAGACGAAGCACCCGCUACGCAUUCUGCAUCCAUUCCCUGCUCGACUUCACCAUCUCCUCAACCACAAUCAAUUGUUAAAAUCGAGCCAUCGACUCCACCGCCUAUAUUGCAAAUCCUUCACUCACCAGACGUGGAACCAGAACCUUUACCUUCUUACGGAUGGAAACAUCCCGCGGAACUACAAUAUUUUACGCCAGAAGAUUGGUUACCAACUAAACUCAUUUUCUAUCUUAUCGCCAACGCUUUCAGUGUCCCUCCCCGCGCAGCAGUUCGGGGAACCCCAUUCUUUCUUCUCACUAGGAUGAACGGCGAAACAGUUACACUUCCAGUAGGCUACCGCAUCCCUCUCUUAUUCCUGGCCCGCUUCCAAUGGCUUUCCCUCAAACUCGUCCUCACCGCCUCCUCUCGCGAAACCGAAUGGAAUGAAUACAAAUUCAGUAUUCUCCAUGUCUCCAGACUGUGCACCGCCCUCUUGGAUGCCGCACAGGAAUAUGUCAGGGUGUCAAGUGAAGAGGGGAUAUCGAAGGGUAUGGAUAGGAAAUGGAGAUGCGCAACGUUUGAUAGGGCUUUGGCCAGGUAUCGGUUAAAGUGGUUCAUUUCCGGCCCUGAACAAGUAGAGGAGUUUUAUCAGACAGUCGGGGAGGAUGAAUAUUCGAAGGAUGCGGUUAAAUUUGACUGGCGACGCUGGGCAAUCAAAGGCCAUCGAGGAUUCACUCUCACUGACGACGAAAUCACAAUCGGUAUCACGGCAGAACAAUUCCUCGUCGGGCUUAAACAAAAAAAUGUGGACUGGUAUUGGGACACCGAGGAUCAUCCUAUUCUAAAUGGAAUUGAUGCUUGGUCACUAAGAGCACUAGCUUCAUCUGUGUCUCCGUCAGCGAGUGAGCUGCCAUCUACAUAUUCCCAGACCCCACCUGGAUCGAAGCCUGUAGAACCUGUUACUGUUGCCACGACUGCUGUCGAAUCAGUCCCCACCGGAAACACUCCAAGUUCAGCCCGUUCGCUUGCCUACAUUGCAAGUGACUUCAAACUAACCAACAGUAUAGUGUCGUCGUCAUCCUCCAGCCCUUUCUCGUCUCAAGAACACAAAAACGUGUCAAAUUCGAACUUCGUUCCAGUUCCAAAUUCCAACGGCCCGGUCGGCAAUUCCCGAUCUUCUCACUCAGCUAAUAAACAAAUCCCAAGUCGUCAACCUACGUCCUCAGCACCUGUAAAAACGAAUUCUUCUCAGAAAAUCACCUCGCGUAAACGUCCAGGCUCACCUCUGGAGAAAGAAAUGAAGACCGCGUCGAAGCGAGUAACCUCGAAGGAUAAAACGCCGAGUUCGACUUCCACUCUCGCAAAUGGCAAACGAGCAAAAGGUGCCUUGGGCGAAAAAUUGUCUCGAUGUGGUUCUCAUAGUAUCAAUGGAGAAAGUGGGAAUAAUGAUCCAAUUAAGACCUCCAUUCCAUCUACUACACCAAAUAAAUCGAAUAACAUGACCGUCGACGAACCUAGUCCAAGAGUCAUCAUACCUCGAAUAUCCGGCCACCAAGGUUCGCAUCAGAACGGCACGACGAAUGGAGGAGUAGAUAUAACAUCCGAGAACGCCGUUCCAGUACCGCCUCCUUCCAGUCCCGCUUGCAGUUCCGCACAAAAUGUCUUCCUUCCUCCAACACCUAUAACGGCCUCCUCUUCCUCUUCUCUAUCAUAUCCCUUACCAGGGCCUUCUGGAUAUCCCUUUGUUCCCUAUUCUUCCCUGCUCACUCAUUCAUCAGCCUCUCCUCCAAUCCCAGUCUUGAUCUCCAUCCCUACGCAAAUCCCUCUUGCUUCCGAUGAUCCUCCUCCUCCCGACACUACUCUUCCUUCCAAAGCUCCUCCUGCUUCCGAAAGUCUCUCCUCCUCUACAGUAAUCCAGAUCAUCGACUCGAUCUUCAGUUCUUUUGCUGAUUCCCUUUCGAGGUUUUCCGACGAAAUCAAGCAGGCGAAAGCGGAGGGCGUUGCAGAAAUCAGGGAGCACUUGACAAGUACGAUCUUGGGCGAUGGGAAUAAGAGUGAGAGUGCUCUGGUACGGGAUCCGGACUUAGAAGAUGCUGUCAGGAAUAUCGUUCAAGCGAACGUUCGGGAUAUCGUUGGGAAUGCCGUCGAAAAUGUGGUCCAGAAGAAUCUUCAAGACAUGGUCACCAACGAAAUACAAACGGUCCUACAACAGGAACCCUCUCCUGCUUUCCUAAACACACUAACGAAGGAUAUUCAGACAAUGAAGGACGAUAUACUAGCUGCUACACAAAUAGAAGUGAGAGACGGGGUACGGAUAUUAGUUGCGACGAUCAGGACAGAGGUGGUCGGAAGCUCUAACGACGUUAGGAUAAAGGGGGAGACGGUUUCGAGGAACGGCAGACAAAAAAGACGAGCUCCCGCCGCUCAAAGAGAUCACACAAUGAACAGAAGGCCUGUUGAUAUGAUGGAUGUGGACAAGGACGCUUACAAGGUGGUAUCGCUCCACCGAAUCGAACAUCCGCUGCAGCAUCUUCUUGGAGAGCCUGCAGAAAACAAGGAAGAUGGUUUAACCGAAGGGUUAUCUAAUCCCGACGAGUACGACGAGGAUCAUGAAGAAGCUGGUCUUAAUGCGGAUCCGCACAUACGCGAAGACAUGGAUGACUUGUAUGGUGGUGGUGGUGAUAGUGGUCAGGGUGUUGGUGGUAGGGUAUUUUCGCGCACUUCUUUAAACCGACAUGAUAACAAGAAUGGUAACGAGAGCGGAAACGAGAGCCCAGCUCGUGUAGCAGAUGAUGGGUUACCAUUUAAGUCGAGGAGAAAAUUCGGGUUGUAAUGUUUCGAAGGUUGGAAAUGUCUAGUA